UCAGUUUCGACUUGGCGCGCAGCGAUUGAUUACCAGAGAGCGAUUAGCGUAUCAUCGGAAGAGUUUGGCGCCGUGAAGCUCCGAUCUGCUGCCGUUGUCGCCGGUAAUCAUUGCUUGACGGAUUAAGAAUUGGGUCAUUGUAUCCAUCGCAGCCUCUUUUCUGCCAGCUUUGCUCUCAGAGGUUUCAUCUUUCUCGACUCCGUUGAUUCUCCUUCUUGAAUUUGUCACCCUCCUGCUCCAUCACGAACUCUCUCCAGUCUAGAGAAAACGAGUCAGGUAAUUGAAGAAGCGGGGAAGAAACGAGUCGAGUGAAAAUGUUGGGAGUUUGGAACAUGCAGUUCUUUGGUGGGUCAGAGAUUAGCCCUUCGCCUCCGGUCCCAACAGCAACUGGAAAUAAUGUGCAUAUGAUGUAUAUUUUCAAUAGGAGUGGAGUUUGCUUGUUUUACAGGGAGUGGAACCGGCCUCUUCGGACAUUGAAUCCCCAGCAAGACCACAAACUUAUGUUUGGUUUGCUCUUCUCGCUCAAAUCCUUUACUGCCAAGAUGGACCCAACCAGUGCUGAUAAAGGCAAUCUUGGAGUGCCUCAGUUGCCUGGCCAAGGUUGUUCAUUUCACAGUUUUCGUACAAAUACUUACAAGCUCAGUUUUACUGAAACUCCAUCAGGGAUAAAGAUUAUCCUGGUUACCCAUCCUAGAACCGGUGAUUUAAGGGAUUCAUUAAAGUACAUAUACAAUUUGUAUGUUGAAUAUGCAGUGAGAAAUCCACUCUACAAUCCAGGAACCACACUCAGGUGUGAGCUAUUCAAUACAAGUCUUGACCAAUAUGUAAGGAGCAUAUCAUAGAAAUCAAAGGUAGCUGACUGCUCUGCCAUUUUUGUUUCAUUCAAGUUGUCAAAUGUUUUCUGUCUCUUGUUGAUGAAUGAAUGCGAUUUAUUGAACAAUGGUACAGGUGCAGGGCAUUAGAACCUCCUUGUCGAAAAAUUCCUACCUGGGAGUUUAUUUUUUAUUCCAUUGGUUGGACUCAAGAUAAGUGCACCGGCAUGAAUUAUUCAAGUUUUUUUUUCUUUUCGUUUCAUGUUUUUUUUUUCCCAUCAUUUUUGUGGUGACUUAUGGUGUUGCGAUAGUGGUCGAAAGUUGUUAAAAAAAAAAAGAAUUAUAUUAUUUGCAGCAAUGCAGCUAUGUUUCUUGUUUCAUCUACCCACAUACCAUACAUUAGGAGUCCUUUGUGUAAAAAUGUAAAGGUUUCAAACGGAGAAGAUUAUGUUAGUUACCUUCUUAACCGCUUUCACCUUUC